AUGUAUCUAUUUCGGCAACAACAACAACAACAAAUCCUCUUUACUUUCGUUCUUCUGAUCCAAGCUAGUUCAGCAUUUUGGUGGUCUCUGAGUUUACCUUCAUUUCAAAUAUGGUCGUCAACUUCAAGUGACCAAGAAGCGUUCUGUUCUUCAUUAACAUUUUUAACUGUCGAACAACGUUAUCUCUGUCAAACUAAUCCGAAAAUAUUUACUAUUAUUAGUCGAUCUUUACGACAAGCAAUUGACGAAUGCCAAUAUCAGUUUCGAAAUCAACGAUGGAAUUGUUCAAUCUUCAAUCAGUCGGAUGUUUUCGGAAAACUUGUUUUACGAAGUAAGUUCUCGCUCUAACCCUGAUCUUUUCGUUUACUGCCAUCAACAAUAUGUCAGUCAUUAAAUAUCAUAUUGUAUAUCGAAGGAAAGAAUAAUUAGACCACCUAAGGAAAAAUAAGCUCUCUUGUUCUAUUAU